ACCUUAUUGUAGAAUGGUCAACGUGAAAUUCGUCGAUUCAAACUGCUAUCGAUAAAUAUUAGAAAGUCGAUAGUUAUCGAUUCAUUGAAAAUUUCGAUUCUCGAAGUUACAAUUACUCUUUGUAAACGAAACAUGUUUAAAAAUUGGCGCCAUCGUAAAAUUGAUCAAAGAGAACAUUGAAUGUGUAUUUUGGUUAGAUUUUGUAGUAAUUGCAGUUACCGAAUAUUUACAGUCUAAUAGUUUGGACAAAGUCCGAGGCAUCAAAAUGUACAGCAAUUCUCGAUUGAUUGAUCCAGUCGUAAUAUGUCCUUAUAAUAAGAAUCAUCUAAUUGCAAAAUCUCGCCUUCAGAAACACAUUGUCAAAUGCGAAAAGCAAUAUCCUGAACAUUAUAAAAUUAUGUGUCCUUAUAAUGCAACUCAUCGUUUGUUUAAAAGUGAAUUGGAGGAACACAUAAUGACCUGUUCUGCUCGCAAAGUAUUAGAAUCUGAGAUGUAUUCAGAAUUAAAGAAACAUGGGUAUACGCAAUUUCCAAUGCCAUCGGAGAUUUCAAGUACAGUAGAUUGUACAGAAAAUUGGGAUCUGGAUAGAGAUAAUGUAACAGACGAUGAAAAUAGUUUGAGUAAUAAUAUUACUCCCUCGCAAGUUAUAAACAUAAACAUUAGCGAACAAAAGGUUUUGCGAGCUCCUCGUGGUUUUUCCGAGGCUAUGUUAAGAGAACCGGACGAAGAAUCAGCAGUCGAAGACUUUGAGUCGGUAACAAGUUCAAUGGGAAUCGGAAGAGGCAAAAUUAUUAGAGAAAAACAUUGGAUGAAGUUUGUUGGAUUGGGUAGAGGAAGUCCACUAAAUACAGAUUAGGUUCUAUAGCAGACUAUAAUGAUUAUCUGAUCAGUUCUUCACAUGAACAUAAUAAGUAAAAAACGAAAUAUAAAUCUGUUUAUAUUACUAUAAAAAUAGUAAAAGAACGAAAUGUAUAAUUUCAAUAGUACAUAUUUUAUAUCAUUUACAAGUAGUACGAAGUUGAUUAUUACUAUUAUUACUAUUAUUACAUGUAUUAACGCUAGGUAUUAGUUACUUAAGUUUAUUUGAUUGAAAAACAUUCAUUUUCGUACAUCUUUUAAUUUCCGUAAUUUACAUUAAUCAUAAUAUCUACAAACAUGGUUUAUUUAAGAACUAGCUUUCAAAAAGUUCAUAGUUUCUUCGAUAAUACAUUAAAUGUUGUUAGUAAUAGAUAUGAGAAAAAACUAAAUAAAAUUAUUUACAAAUGCGGGAUACUGCAGUGACUGUUUUAUUUUUUAAUACUUAAUCGUAAUUUGUAUUAGAUGUUUCAUAAUUUAUCACUUCCUGUGACAAAGAAACAUUAUUAUUAUUAUUAUAUAACGAAUUUUGCAGCCAAGUGUUUGAUUUCUUUCUAUAAUUAUAGCGCGUAAAAUGAAAAUACAACAGAUACAGUCUAUGGUUUCUAUUGGCAAAUAAUUUAAAUUCACGAAUGACGCGAAUUUAGAGAUUUAAAAUGAAAACGGAUUUGUAGCAACGCGAUACGAUAAUAAUAUUUAACGUUAAUGAAUGAAAAAUUCGUUUCAAUACCUCUCUGUUACUUUAACUUACAAUCUUAAUUUUACACUACUGAUAUUCAUGCGCAAUUCCUCAUCAUACAACGUGAAAUAUUUGUUUCUUUUCAUAUUUACAACUACAAUGAAAUACAUUCUAAUGUCUUAAAAGUUAUAGUUGUAGUUGAUGCUGUUUAAUGACAAAUCUAUGGGAUGACGAUGCUUGAAAAUUGAAGUUGAACAUAAAAUCAUAAUUUUGUAAAUGCAAUUUUACUGAAAAAAAGAGAAAA